AUGACAAUGGUAACUAUUGAAUCAGGAUUUCCAGAUGUUCGACAUAUAUCUAAUUUUGUAUUCCUUCACAAAACCAGAUUUGUAAUCAUGAUCCUCUCACUUUUAUGUAUGACGGUAGGACAGAUGAACUCGCUAACGUUCAACUUCACAGUUAUUUGCAUGCAAGAUAUAGUUGAAGAUUAUCACAAAGAUAAUAGAACUGAUCUACAUUGGAUGGAAGAUCCAAGUCAGAAAUCAUUUAUCUUUUCCGGUGUUGCAAUUGGGGCAGUUAUUGGAUUGAUUCCACUUGUUCCAAUGUUGGAUCAGAUUGGAUUACGAAUCACAUUCACACUAUUUGGUCUAAUAUCUGCAGCAAGUUCACUUUUGUUCCCAUUGGCCGUUUCCAUCGAUUUCUAUGCAGUGUUUUUUGUCAGAAUCCUGCAAGGAAUCGGAACGUCUAUUCUUUAUACAGUAGUCGCCUAUAUUCCUGGAAUAUGGGCACCUAAAAAUGAAAUGGGAACAUUUUUAGCAGUGUUAUCGUGUGGCUUCCAAUUAAGUAAUAUCAUUUGUAUGCCUGUUUCUGGAGUUCUCUGUGAAUCUGAAUAUGGAUGGAGACCUAUUUAUUACAUCUUUGGAUCAUUGACUGUUCUUGUUUAUGUGGCUUUCUUCUUCUUCUACUCAGACGCUCCUAAGAAUCAUUUUCAUGUAUCUCCGAAGGAAUUGAGUAUGAUUUGUGCAGAGAAGAAGCCUAAACAAGGAAAGGAGAGCGUACCGUAUCGAGCCAUCUGUUCUGAUAAGUGUGUACUUGCCACGUGGCUUGCGAUGUGUGGAAGAAAUGUAGCAUUUUAUGUUCUGAUUCUGUAUGGACCUACUUACUUGAGAGAAGUUUUGCAUUUUGAUGUCAAAGGAACUGGAUGGGCAGCUGCUUUACCUUUCGUUUCAUGUGCAGCUGUGAAGUUUGCAUCCGGACAACUCACUGAUAGACUCACCAUGUUUUCUGAGAAGACCAAAUUCAUCACUUGCACUUUGAUUUCAAUGAUUGGGUUGGCUGUUGGAUUUAUGAUUAUGUCUUUGACAACUUCUCGAACCAUUGCUCAAAUAUCAUAUACCUUCGCGGUCACUCUAUCCGGAAUAACUAUAAUGGGAACAAUAAAAUGUCUUCAGUUGCGUUGCCAACAACAUGUUCAUUUUGCAACUGCUGUAAUUGCUUUCAUGGCAUGUAUCUGGCAAUUCGUUGUACCUCUUGGACGAUUUGUGGAGCAUAUUUCCUAUACCCUUGCUGACCACCCACCAUCUCUCUGUCUCCUAUCCAAGUCAUCAUCCAAGCUUCGCGAGCUUGUAAAGUUCGUCGUUGGACACUACGAGGCUCAUCUUCAUGUGACGUUUCCAAAAGAGGAAUGCUGCGAAGUCGAGAAAAGUUCCAAGGAAAAGGUUCAAUUCGAGAUGAUUCUCAACCGAAAGGGAAGCUAUCGGCGUGGCAAAGCUCACUGCCAUUCCAUCUUCACUUGUGUGGCAGAGAAGACUCAGGGAGCUGUUGAAGAUCUGCUCGAACUUUUCUCCAAAGAACUCAUCACUCUUCGAUUCAACAACUGCUCAAAAGAAUCGGACGUCUUCACUGUAUUCAACAAGUUCUCACUUUCAAAUUGUGAAGACAUCUGCUUCAAUGGAUCUAUCCCAAUGCACAAUGGUGUCUUCGACUUGUUCCAAUCGUGUCCUAAUGCGAAAAGACUAGUUAUCAGCAACCCUCAAUCCGAAACUGAUUUCACUCAAUUCUGGCCGAAGCUGAAAGGAAGUCGGAUUGAGACUCUGGAUCUCAUGGACAUCGAGUCAUUCCACCACUCUUCCACGAGAGAAUUCAAGCUGCCACAAAGCAUGAAACAACUCUUCUUCUCUCCAAAACAAGACGUCGAGUGCCGGAAUUCUGAGAACGUUGCCAAACUUCUCUAUUCCGCCAACUGGAAGCGAGUCUAUAUUCAUUCGGAAACGGUUCUAGAAGCUGUCAACUCCGGACUCUACAAGCCACUCAAGACAGUAACGGAAUUCUGCUUCUCAUCGAAGGCGUUCACUGUUGAUUAUGUGAUUUCCUUCCUCAAAAAGUGCGAACGAGUAAACUCCUUCAAUUGGUAUGGACUUCAUUCAUGUGUUGCUCCAAUCGUCAUCGCACGUCUUCUGACUGACGUUCCACGGAACAUUGUUUUCGGCGGAUGCGUUGCGUGCAAAAGCGGAGAAACUGUUGGAAACGGUGGAUUCAUGGAAGUCGGUAACCGAGUCGACGUCAUUCAAGUCACCAAACUUUUGGAACGUGAGGAAUUCCGUGUUCAAUACGGGAGAACGUUGUCUGAUGCAGUCUUGUUUGAACGCCCAUUCAACACCAAUUCUGUAUCCGUGAUGUACAUUCAAAAGAAGGACUCUGUCUGUGGUCCAAAUUGCAUUGACAUUCAUGAGAUCUCUGAAAAAGCUGGUCUGCUGCUCUCAGCCUACUAA